CAGAGCGCACGAUCAGCACCUGUCCUCCUCUGUGGCUGUGGCUUCAGCGGUGGGAGUGGUCAUUAUUUGGCAGGGAGCGGCGGCAGAAUUUCCUAGACACCGACAGCCGCGCGUGCCGUGCACCCGUUCAGAUUCAGCACUAUUCUGAAGGGAAAGCGCACGGAUUUAGGCGAUUCAACCGAAGGAACGAGACCGAGAAGGCAGUAUAUUGUAGGAAUACACAGUAAAACAACACACUAUACAUCAUUUUUUUGGUUGAGAUACAAGAGCUGUCAUCAAACCAGAGACCAUGACCACCGCUACGUCCCCCAUCCUGUUGAAGUGGGACCCCAAGAGUCUGGAGAUCCGCACCCUGACUGUGGAGCGGCUGCUGGAGCCCCUGGUCACACAGGUGACCACCCUGGUGAACACCAGCAACAAAGGGCCCAGCAGUAAAAAGAAGGGGCGCUCCAAGAAGGCCCACGUGCUGGCCCUGUCCGUGGAGCAGGCCACGCAGAACUUCCUGGAGAAGGGCGAGCAGAUCGCCAAGAACAGCCACGAUCUCAAGGAGGAGCUCAUCCUCGCCGUGGAGGACGUCCGCAAGCAAGGCGAUUCAAUGCGCGUGGCCUCCCAGGAGUUUGCUGACGACCCUUGCUCCUCAGUGAAGCGAGGCACCAUGGUGAGGGCUGCCCGCGCCCUGCUCUCCGCCGUCACCCGCCUGCUCAUCCUCGCCGACAUGGCCGAUGUCAUGAGGUUGCUGGCCCACCUGAAAAUCGUGGAGGAGGCCCUGGAGGCAGUGAAGAAUGCCACCAACGAGCAGGACCUUGCCAACCGCUUCAAAGAGUUUGGCAAGGAGAUGGUGAAGCUCAACUAUGUGGCUGCCCGCAGACAGCAGGAGCUGAAAGACCCCCAGUGCCGGGACGAAAUGGCGGCUGCGCGCGGCGCCCUGAAGAAGAACGCCACCAUGCUCUACACGGCCUCGCAGGCCUUCCUGCGCCACCCGGACGUGGCGGCCACGCGCGCCAACCGCGACUACGUCUUCAAGCAGGUGCAGGAGGCCAUCGGGGGCAUCAGCAGUGCCGCUCAGGCCACCUCACCCGGCGACGAGAAGCACGGCCACGCUGGCAUCGGCGAGCUGGCCGCGGCCCUCAACGAGUUUGACAACAAGAUCAUCCUGGACCCGCUGACGUUCAGCGAGGCCCGUUUCCGCCCCUCCCUGGAGGAGCGCCUGGAGAGCAUCAUCAGCGGCGCCGCCCUCAUGGCCGACUCGUCCUGCACCCGCGACGACCGCCGCGAGCGCAUCGUGGCCGAGUGCAACGCUGUCCGGCAGGCCCUGCAAGACCUGCUGAGCGAGUACAUGAACAAUACUGGCAGGAAAGAGAAAGGAGACCCGCUGAACUCUGCCAUCGACAAGAUGACCAAGAAGACCAGGGAUCUGCGCAGACAGUUGAGGAAGGCGGUGAUGGACCACAUCUCCGACUCGUUCCUGGAGACCAACGUGCCGCUGCUGGUGCUCAUCGAGGCGGCCAAGAGUGGCAACGAGAAGGAGGUCAAGGAGUAUGCGCAGGUGUUCCGGGAGCACGCCAACAAGCUGGUCGAGGUGGCUAACCUGGCCUGCUCCAUCUCCAACAACGAGGAGGGUGUGAAGCUGGUGCGCAUGGCCGCCACCCAGAUCGACAGCCUCUGCCCACAGGUGAUCAACGCGGCCCUCACCCUGGCUGCUCGGCCCCAGAGCAAGGUUGCCCAGGACAACAUGGAUGUGUUCAAGGACCAAUGGGAGAAGCAGGUGCGCAUCCUCACCGAGGCCGUCGACGAUAUCACUUCUGUGGAUGACUUCCUGUCCGUGUCAGAAAACCACAUUCUGGAGGAUGUGAACAAGUGCGUGAUUGCCCUGCAGGAAGGCGACGUGGACACCCUGGACCGCACGGCGGGCGCCAUCAGGGGUCGGGCGGCCCGCGUCGUUCACAUCAUCAAUGCGGAGAUGGAGAACUACGAGCCAGGUGUUUACACCGAGCGCGUUCUGGAGUCUAUCAAGCUGCUGUCUGAGACCGUCAUGCCCCGUUUCGCUGAACAAGUGGAGGUGGCCAUUGAGGCGCUGAGCACAAACCCCCCACAGCCCUUCGAGGAGAACGAAUUCAUCGACGCGUCCCGCCUGGUCUACGACGGCGUGCGUGACAUACGGAAAGCCGUUCUUAUGAUCAGGACACCUGAGGAGCUGGAGGAUGACUCAGACUUUGAGCAGGAGGACUACGACGCCCGCAGCAGGACCAGUGUCCAGACAGAGGACGACCAGCUCAUCGCCGGACAGAGCGCCAGGGCCAUCAUGGCCCAGCUGCCUCAGGAGGAGAAGGCGAAGAUCGCCGAGCAGGUGGAGAGCUUCCGGCAGGAGAAGUGCAAGCUGGACGCCGAAGUGGCCAAGUGGGACGACAAUGGCAACGACAUCAUUGUCCUUGCCAAGCAGAUGUGCAUGAUCAUGAUGGAGAUGACGGACUUCACCAGAGGCAAAGGGCCCCUGAAGAACUCCUCUGAUGUCAUCAACGCCGCCAAGAAGAUUGCAGAGGCAGGCUCCAGGAUGGACAAACUGGCCCGCGCCGUCGCCGACCAGUGCCCUGACUCGGCCUGCAAGCAGGACCUGCUGGCCUACCUGCAGAGAAUCGCCCUGUACUGCCACCAGCUCAACAUCUGUAGCAAGGUCAAGGCCGAGGUCCAGAACCUGGGAGGAGAGCUCAUCGUCUCUGGGCUGGACAGCGCCACCUCCCUGAUCCAGGCGGCCAAGAACCUGAUGAACGCUGUGGUGCUCACAGUCAAGGCCAGCUACGUGGCGUCCACCAAGUACGCCAAGGUGUACGGCGCCGCCGCCGUCAACUCGCCUGUGGUCAGCUGGCGCAUGAAGGCGCCCGAGAAGAAGCCCUUGGUGAAGCGGGAGAAGCCCGAGGAGUGUCAAACGCGCGUUCGACGGGGCUCGCAGAAGAAGCACAUCUCGCCCGUCCAGGCCCUCAGCGAGUUCAAGGCCAUGGACUCCUUCUAAAGAUGGCCGCCGCCACGGCGUAUGUCACUGGAACCAAGAAAAACAACACCGACAACGAGAAGUUUAAGGAAACUCCCAUCUUUCUUUGUGUUAAUUUGUUUCUUUCGGGUGAGAGGAGUUACGCUGAUAAUAACAACGCCUCCUUUCCCCCUUUUUGAGUGAAGGGUCGAUGGAAAAAAAACCUGCCUGGAGGACUUUGCUAACCCGCCACCUGUACUGAACUACAGCUCCCAUGAACGCUUUGGGCUUCUCGGCCAAUGGGGAGCCAGCGCGCUCCCACCCAUAUUUAUUACUAUUAUAACUACUGUAGCUUAACCGUGUGAGAGCCAAAUGUGUGACACUAAAAACAAAAACUUACUCAAAAAAGGGAGAUGAAAAGUUCAAAACAAAACAUAUCAGAAGAGCAGCACCUAAAAUGACUAAAUUGCCAUCAAUAUUAUUGCUAUAUCAUUACUAUCGUGGUACUGCCUGGCUGCUCGUACACACAUUAACUGCCUGAAUGGGAAUGAUGAAUGGCACAGUAGUGAAAUCUCUGUAAUAAGAGGAUUGAUCUAUCGAGGUUGAUAAACUUUGGGCGGCAUUUUCGUGGUGCAAAAAGAGCACAGGUUUGUGCAAAAAUGACUGUCAACCUCUAUAUAAAUCAGGCAGGGAAACUUCACUUGAAACUUUUCAUCAACAAUGUGCAUUUAUAAGGAGGCGAUUGAACUAGAGUUUAGUUUACUGAGUAAUGCAUGAAGUCACCUCCUCAUAACACAUCGAUGAAACGCUUCAACUUAAAACCACCCUGCCUGAUUAUGAAGAGGUUUACAGUAUUUCCCCCACAGAUUCUGUGCUUUUUUUUGUACAACACAAAUGUCAAUAUUCCCAUCCUAACUUAAUCUGUUGUAUUUUUCCCCGGUUUGAACGAUACCUUACCUGUAGAGCUAGGAUUAACUUAUGUUUAAGGUAACUGAAAGUGUUUGGCAUCCAAGUCAUUUGUUUCUUUGUUCCUUCCCGACCCGGUGUUCCUGAACAAUGCAUACACUUCAUGGUCCUAUGGUAUUGCCUUUUUAAAAAUCAAUUUCUCAUGAUGAUAUCAGUAACUGUAUCGCAGCCUGAUUGGAUUAUUGUGUAGAGUGUAAUAGUAGACACGGAGAGGUAUGACUAGUUGUGGUUUCCUCCGAGAAUAUUUGGCUGCGUUUAGACAAGGCAGCCCAAUAAUGAUAUAUAUUUUUUUACUAAUUUGUCUUUUAAUCAAUCAGUUCAGCUCUGAAAAAGAUCUGAUGUGAUUGGUCAAAAGUUAAGUUACUGGAAAAAAAUACCAGAAUUGGGGUGCCUGUCUAAAUGAAGCCAUAGAGUCCUACAAACAUACAUACAUUCAGGUAACUGCCAAAAUAAUGGAAACACUUGAGUAAAUGAGGGAUAUAAAGUUCAUUAAAAGGAGGUGCUUCCACACAGGUGUAGUUCCUGAGAUAAUUAAUCAAUUGACAUCCCAGCAGGGUUAUGUGUAAAAAUGUUGGGCAGGACAUUAUUUGGGCUACCAUGGCUCCCAUAGGAUGACAAUGCCAUCCACAUGGCAUGAAUGGCCAUGGAAUGGUUUGAUGAGCAUGAAAAUGAUGUUAACCAUCUGUCACCAGAUCUCAACCCAAUUGAACACUGAUGGGAGAUUCUGGAGCAGAGGUUUCCACCACCAUCAACAAAACGCCAAAUGAUGGAAUUGGGUUGCAUCCCUCCAAUCGAGUUCCAGACACAGAAUCUAUUCUAAUUGAAUUUGUUCUGGCUCGUGGUGGCCCAAUGACCAAUUAAGACACUUGCUGUUGGUGUUUCCAUUAUAUUGACAGUGACCUGUACAUACUUACAUACAGUUGAAGUCGGAAGUUUACAUACACCUUAGCCAAAUACAUUUCAACUCAGUUUUUCACAAUUCCU